AUGUAUACGCAUACUUCCUUUGUGAGCUGCUCCUACUUCCAAAGUUUUAUCCCCAGCUUCAUCCUUGCUUUGGGUCUCCAGGCCCAAGUUUCUCACCAUCUCUUGGAUGAUUGCUCCAGCCUACCCUGGUGCCACCUGGGAUCCAACAUGUUCAAACCCAGCUGUGAACUUCACAGAUUAUUAAAAGAAAGCGCCUUUGCUUCAGCAGUUUGUUAAGACGGGGGCUUGGGUCAUGUUACCUCCACCAAUGUGUAAGGUGAAAGUCCUGUUAGGUAAGAGUUUUUGUGUUUUGUGCUUUUUGGGUUUCAGUAUAGAGUUUUUCCUGCAGGGCUAGAGGGAAAGUACCCCAGCAUUUCCAACCAGUGGGGUGCAAAAUUAUUUGGGCCUACAGCUUUACCUGUUCCUUUCAGGAACAUUUUUGAAAAAAAAUCUGUUGAACCAUGUGAAAUUGCUGAAUGCUGAUGUUUGGCCAUUUUCUACUUAAAAAAUAGGCCAGCAGUUUGUAAAUUCAAGCUAAUAUAUGAACUUUUUGAAAAAGCUGUUCUGGGACACUAAAAGGUAAGACGGACGCCAGAUUUCCAGAGCAAGGGGAGGAGAGAACCAAGCAACAUCACUUCCUUGAAGACCUGGCUUCUGCGCGCGGCCGGCCUAGGACUCCGACUCCACGCGCCAGUGUUAUUUACUCGGGCCCGCGCCCGCCUCGUCACGGCUCGUUUUGCGGCCGCCGUAAAGCGCGGAUGCGCGCCGGCGGGGAGGGGUGGUCACGCCCCUUCAGUGCUUGUGACGCAGGCGCCCUGGGCAUUUUGGGCGGGAAAAAGAAGCAGUCCUGGGUUGUACCCGGCACGGUUGGCAGCAGCUGCUUCCUCUGAGGUCGUAUCCCUGCCCGGCAUGGGGCUGCUGGAGCUUUGCGAGGAAGUGUUCGGCACCGCCGACCUUUACCGGGUGCUGGGUGUGCGACGCGAGGCUUCCGACGGCGAGGUCCGACGAGGCUACCACAAGGUGUCCCUGCAGGUACACCCGGACCGGGUGGGCGAGGGCGACAAAGAGGACGCCACCCGUCGCUUCCAGAUCCUGGGAAAAGUCUAUUCCGUUCUCAGUGACAGAGAACAGAGAGCAGUGUACGAUGAGCAGGGAACAGUGGACGAGGACUCUCCUGUGCUCACCCAAGACCGAGACUGGGAGGCGUAUUGGCGGCUACUCUUUAAAAAGAUAUCUUUAGAGGAUAUUCAAGCUUUUGAAAAGACAUACAAAGGUUCGGAAGAAGAGCUGGCCGAUAUUAAACAGGCCUAUCUGGACUUCAAGGGUGACAUGGAUCAGAUCAUGGAGUCUGUGCUUUGCGUGCAGUACACAGAGGAACCUAGGAUAAGGAGUAUCAUUCAGCAGGCUAUUGACGCCGGAGAGAUCCCAUCCUAUAAUGCCUUUGUCAAAGAAUCGAAACAAAAGAUGAAUGCAAGGAAAAGAAGGGCUCAGGAAGAGGCGAAAGAAGCAGAAAUGAGCAGAAAGGAGUUGGGGCUUGAUGAAGGCGUGGAUAGCCUGAAGGCAGCCAUUCAGAGCAGACAAAAGGAUCGGCAAAAGGAAAUGGACAAUUUUCUGGCUCAGAUGGAAGCAAAGUACUGCAAAUCUUCCAAAGGAGGAGGGAAAAAAUCUCUCAAGAAAGAAAAGAAAUAAUGGAAUUUUUCUCUUCAAAGGUCCUUAGGUGUAAAUUGAUGCCAUCGUAGGCAAGGUGCAGGCAAGAUUUGAAGGCAAAAGUCAACUCUUGAGAAAAGGUGUCUUUCCAGCCUGAAUUUUUCAGAUUGACUAGACCAAGCAUCUUAGUAUUUCCUAGAAAGCACUUGACAUUGUGUGAGGUCUUACCAGAAGGAACUUGGUGGUGACGGUUGGGAGGGCGGAGGGAGGUAGUGUCCUUCCUGACAGCACUUGCCUCCAUAGAUCUUCGGUACACAGAACUCUUAUCUAAGAUGUGGUUCUGUUCAUGCUGUUUUCUGCAGUGUGCGUGUCUGUUAGAUUAGGCUCUCUACCCAGCUAGAACAUCUUCCAAAUACUUGCUGGACAGCUGUCUUCCACAUACUUCCCAGUUUACAUUUGGUCUUAAUGAUCUUGAAUAGACCCUCUCUUCAUUUUACUCAGCCAGGUUUUGUACUGAUGUACGGGUGUUAAAUUACUUCCAGCAUUUUUGUAAGAGUUGUAUAUGAUUAAAUAAAAAAAGUAAAACAUGAU